AUGCCCGAGCUCUCUGACGGUGAUGAUGAUGACGAAGAGCAGUGGCAGUGCAUGGAGGAGGACGGUCAGCAAGAUAACGUUACCUGUCUGUUCUGCGACAGGUCACUGAGCUCUGUGCCUGCCACCCUGCAGCACUGCACAGCUGAGCACCAGGUCAACCUGGUGGACGUGAUAAGAAAACACAAUUUAGAUGACUACGGAUACAUAAAGAUGAUCAACUUCAUACGAUCAACAAAAUGUGAUGCAUCCAGUCUGAAGGGGCUGCCAGACGCUCCCUUACCCUGGGAGAGCGAAGACUUCCUGCGACCAUUCCUACAGGACGACCCCCUGCUGCAGACAGACCCUGAGGAGCUCUGUGGCAGCGAGAGGUCAAGCCUAUCGACAUGCCAGUCAUCUGGGACCGAGUCCCAUGAUGCACUGCUGCACAGGGCACAGGCGGCAGAGGAGAGAGCCCGUUGCUCAGAGGAGGCGCUGGCCAGAGCCAUGGAUGACCUGCACAAACUCAAGCUUCUGGCUCAGGGUUUGGUACUGAACACAGAAACCAGCAAGUCUGGUAACCUGGGCACCGUGGCCGAGCUCAGAGAGGACGAGGACGAGGCCUACUUCAGCUCCUACGGCCAUUAUGGCAUCCAUGAGGAGAUGCUGAAGGACAAAGUGCGCACAGAGAGUUACCGCGACUUCAUGUACCGUAACCCUGAAGUGUUCAGAGACAAGGUGGUGCUCGAUGUAGGCUGUGGGACUGGCAUACUGUCCAUGUUCGCUGCCAGAUCUGGGGCCAAGAAGGUCAUAGCAGUCGACCAAUCAGAAAUCAUCUACCAGGCCAUGGACAUAGUCAGGUCCAACCAGCUGGAGGACAAGAUCACUCUGAUCAAAGGCCGCAUAGAAGACAUCAGCCUCCCUGUGGAGAAGGUUGACAUCAUCAUCUCAGAAUGGAUGGGUUAUUUCUUGCUGUUUGAGUCCAUGUUGGACUCUGUCCUGUACGCCAGAGACCUCUACCUGGCUGACACGGGCUCAGUCUAUCCAGACCUUUGUAGCAUCAGCCUGGCAGCAGUUGGAGACGCGCAGAAGCACCAGGACCGCAUUGCAUUCUGGGAUGACGUUUAUGGCUUCAGCAUGGCGUGCAUGAAGAAGGCUGUGGUGCCUGAGGCUGUGGUGGAAGUGGUGAAAGCAGACACGCUCAUCUCUGAACCUACAGUCAUACAGUCGGAGAUAGACAUAGAGCUACAGGCAGUCAAGUUCUUCACUGACAGCCGCAUUGUGCUCGGCUACAUUCACAACAGUUCACGAAGGUUCUACACCUAUGUAGCUAACCGAGUAGCUCGCAUUCGUGGAUCUACUGAACCAGAACAGUGGCAAUACAUCUUGACAGACCAGAACCCUGCAGACCAGGGAACCAGACCACUUUCAGCAGCUCAACUUUCAUCUUCCAGCUGGUUGCUCGGCCCCCAGUUUCGCAAGCAGUCAGCCACGGAGCAGGAUGAGGAGGCUGGAACGUUUGAGCUUGUUGAUGCAGACACUGACAAAGAAGUUAGGCCACAAGCCACCUGCCUACUCACCGAUCAGCCUCUUGGCUCAGAAAGAUUUGAACGCUUCUCUUCUUGGAAGAGCCUAGUAAGAGGUAUGGCACUUCUUGUUCAUGUAGCCAAGUCCUUCUCAGGAGAGAACAGCGAUGGUUGCAAGGGAUGGCAUCGAUGCAGCCAGCUUCUUGCCACAGAACGAUCUCAAGCAAAGACAAGAAUUUUCAAGGCUGUACAGGUGGAAGUUUAUGAAGAGGAGCUCAAAUGCUUAACUCAGGGUUCCACAGUGCACUGUCAAAGCUCCCUUGCAAAGCUUGACCCCUUCAUCGAUGAGAAUGGAUUGAUCAGAGUCGGAGGUCGAAUACGCAGAGCAGACUUGGGAGACCAAGAGAAACACCCACUAAUCCUACCAGCCGGUCAUCAUGUGACCUCUCUCCUGGUCCGACACUACCACGACAAAGUAGCGCACCAGGGUCGGCACUUCACAGAGGGUGCACUGCGUACCGCUGGAGUUUGGAUUGUAGGAGGUAGGAAGCUCAUCUCCAGCAUCCUAUUCAAAUGCGUUACCUGUAGGAAGUUGAGAGGACGGAUAGAAGUACAGAAGAUGUCAGAUCUGCCGGCAGAUAGGCUGGCAACAGAUCCGCCCUUUACUUACGUGGGGCUCGACGUCUUUGGCCCAUGGACUGUCACCACUCGGCGGACACGAGGUGGUGCUGCUGAGAGCAAAAGGUGGGCAGUCAUCUUUGCUUGCCUAAGCACCAGAGCGGUGCACCUUGAGGUUAUUGAGUCCAUGUCGACCUCAAGCUUCAUCAACGCCAUGAGGCGUUUCCUAUCCAUCCGUGGACCUGUCAAGCACUUAAGGUCGGAUAGAGGCACUAAUUUUAUUGGUGCAUGCCACGAACUUCAAAUCAACACUGAAGAUCCUGAGAUCAAGAACUAUCUGCAAGAGCAGGGAUGUACAUGGACUUUCAAUGCUCCCCAUUCUUCACACAUGGGUGGAGCUUGGGAGAGAUUAAUCGGAGUGGCAAGACGCAUACUGGAUGGACUGCUUGUGAGGGACAGUGCUACAAGACUGUCUCAUGAAGUCCUUACAACUUUGAUGGCCGAGGUUAUGGCUAUCAUGAACGCACGCCCGCUAAUCCCAGUCUCCAACGAUGCAGAGGUACCUGAAAUCCUCUCACCUGCCACUCUGCUCACCCAGAAGGCGAGUGUCAGUCCUGCACCCCUGGGAGACUUCGACCUGGAUCACCUCAGCCAGGUUCAGUGGCGCCAGGUCCAGAGCUUGGCGGACUCCUUCUGGAAGAGGUGGCGGUCAGAGUACCUGACCACACUUCAACCGCGGAGGAAGUGGACCUCUGCGAAGCCCGGACUUCAGGAAGGUGACAUUGUCUUGAUAAAGGACAGUCAAGCAAAGCGUAACAUGUGGCCUCUAGGGCGAAUAGUUAAGGUCAUUCCUAGUUCAGACAACAAGGUCCGUAAGGUCACAGUUAAGACCUCUAGCCAAGGAGUAGUUAAGGAGUACCUUAGACCCAUCUCAGAUGUUGUUCUACUGAUGUCAAUAGAGAAAAAAUAGUGGUAUACAUGUACAGUAUACCAAGCGGGGAGUGUGCUGACUUGUCAGUCAUUGGGUGGGGUCAUGUUCCCUCUAGUGGGCGAUUUGGGUUAGUACACCUUUAAUUGUACCUACUUCCUGUUUCCUGCAAAUGACCUUUCUUUGUUUAAUCUGCCAUGAUGACAGCAGUCUGAAAUGUGUUCGCCAGAAAUUUGGUUGUACUACCCUACAAGUGGAACCAACUGUAAGUUCAUGUUCAAAAUUGUUGCAAUACAUGUUUAAGGUUACAAUAAUGUCGAAUGUAAUGUUAAAAACGGUAUAUUUAAGCUACAAAAAGAUCGCGAUUAAAAGGUGUGAAUUGGCAGUCGUUAACAAUGGCACUUAGCUAACUGCUUAGUCAUUUGGUUAGCCCAGUUGUAUUGUGUGCAAUGGAGCAUGUGGGAAAGCUAAUUAGCUCUGCAUUUGGCUAUGCUUAACGGUUUACUUAGCUAAGAAGCUGUUGUCUGUAAAUUAAAUAUGUGUUAGUGUAAUUUCGUAAUGCCUACCUGGUUUUACGUGCCUUAAACUUUGUAACCUGUAAAUAUACUUACUUUGAGUUUGCAACCUGUGAAGAAAAUCCUACUUAUCUUAGUUGAAACCUGUAAUGAAAAUACUUACCUUUGUAACCUGUAAAUAUACUUACUUUGAGUUUGCAACCUGUGAAGAAAAUCCUACUUAUCUUAGUUGAAACCUGUAAUGAAAAUACUUACCUUAGUUUGAAGCUAUUAGAGAAAUUACCUACUUCUAUAAGUCCCUGUAAGAGAGAACAUGUUUAUAUCUAGACUUUGUAUCUUAUUUUCUUAUGUAACAUUGUGCAUUUUGUAUAUUUAAUUGUGUUUCAGUUUUACAAAUUAUCAAAGAGACAAGACAACAUUUCAGUAAACCAGUCAACCUGGAAUCAGCUUCUUGGUCUUUAUUGUACGCUAUCUGUCUACAAUACCCAGCUGUGUUAUCAGGACAGAAUAAUAUGUGUUUUUGACU